GUGUUUGCUUGGCCUUUUGUGAGGCAGACUUACGUUACUCGCCUGGAAGCGAAAAGGAAAUGGCUUACGCGUUGCCUUUGCACCAACAUGGAAAGAGCAAGGUCCGCCUUGGUCGCGUCUGGCGCGAUGGCAAUAUCCACCACAUGGUUGAGUGGAAUGUUGACACCAUGAUCGAGUCCGAUAUGGAGCAUGCCUUCGUCAAGGGCGAGAACACUGGCAUGACGGCAACGGACACCCAAAAAAAUACGGUAUACGUCGUGGCGCAGCGUAUGUCCCAGAAAUGCACCGUGGAGCAGUUUGCCAUAGCCCUGGCACAGCACUUCGUGCGCACCUACCCGCUGGUGAGCAAGGCCAAGAUUUACGUUGAGCAGAAGCCCUGGAACCGCAUGCAAAUUGGUGGCCUGCCGCACGAUCAUGGUUACGCACUUGCCGGCACCGAGAUGCGGACGGUGUAUGUCACUUAUGACAAGGCUGGCAAGCUGGACGUAACUGCUGGCCUUAAGGAGCUGAGCCUACUUAAGACUACCCAGUCGGGCUACGAAGGCUUCUUGCGCGACGAGUACACGGUGUUGCCGGAGGUCAACGACCGCAUCAUGGCCUCUACCGUGACCUGCACUUGGAAGUACACCACCCAGCCAUCCUGCUAUGAUGCCGCCUUCUCGGCUGCCAAGAGCGGGCUGCUAGACGCAUUCCUGGGCCCGGCCAAGAGUGGCGUGUACAGCCCUAGCGUGCAGUACACGCUGUACAACAUGGCCAAGAACUUGCUGGACCGCGUGCCCCAAGCCGAGUCGGUGUUCCUGAACAUGCCCAACCUGCAUUUCAUCCCUGUCAAUCCGGUAGGCUCCAAAUUCAACAACGACGUGUAUGUCGCCACAAGCGAGCCUCAUGGCAACAUCGAGGCCGUAGUGACGCGCCGGGGAAUGAUGCCCCACGCCAAGCUGUGAAGCCUGCUGCGCCUUGGGCUCAUGUUCUUUCGCUCUUGGAACAACAGCUAUGAUACUGAUUCGAUGUGGGGCCAGCGUGUCCCGGUGACUCAAUGUACAGGCUGCUUAGACGGACGGCACUGUUAUAGACACGGUUUGGAGACUCAAAUAUGGGGGGAGACCAACAAUGGCAAUUUUUCAAGUUCAAAUUCCCCCUGCUGGCGGUGAGUUGGCCAGCGCUUAUGUUGGCGUUGGUCCAUGCUUAUGGUAUCCUGACAAAGCGCGACCCUGUGCUGCCAUUAAGGAACUGGUAGUGCUCUAUACUUGCGGCACUAGCUAGUCUCCCAACUGACGCAGGUUGUAUAAGGGGAUUUGACCCACAAUUUGGGUCCAUUCGGUUUGUCCGAGGCCGGGCAAAGUUUAUUCACAGUUUGCAGGGUUGCGACCAGGGAAGGUGUACAAACAUCUGGCUUUUCGUGUACUGAUACUAAGCUUCCGGGAUGUGACCCAAAAUUCGCUUAGAUGUAUAUGCGCUUAUGUAUUAUAGAGCUACGGAGGCGUGUUGGCGGCCCCGAGUUCUGGUCGCCGUUCCCUCGCCUGUGCUGUGUGGAUAUGGCUUUGCUGCGUUCACAGGGAAAUUGGAUGUUACCUGGCCAGCAAAUUGCGGUCUUAAUGUUCGGUUGCUUUGCCUGUGUUUUUACUCAGCUUUGAUGUUUCCGCCAAACCAUGUAAUAGUAUUGGGCUUC